CCAUUUGUGCUCCAGAGUGUUCUGUCCUAAGAAGCAGACAGCUAAGUCGCAUUAGGUGUAGAAACCAGGUGUGAAUUACUGUGCAUUUAUCUCAUCUUUGCCAGAGAAGAGUACCCCAGGCUGGUUACCACCGUUCAGCUGAUAGAAGUUUUGGCAAUGAAACGUCCUGCAAAAAACGAGAGGAUUAUUUGGAAUGGCCUGAAUAUUUUAUGGCAGUAGCUUUUUUGUCAGCACAAAGAAGCAAGGAUCCAAAUUCUCAGGUUGGUGCCUGCAUUGUAAAUUCAGAAAACAAGAUUGUUGGCAUUGGAUACAAUGGAAUGCCUAAUGGCUGCAGUGAUGAUGUGCUACCCUGGACAAGAACAGCAGCACAUAGACUAGACACAAAAUAUCCUUACGUGUGCCAUGCCGAAUUGAAUGCCAUCAUGAACAAAAACUCAGCUGAUGUGAAAGGCUGCAGCAUGUAUGUUGCCUUAUUUCCAUGUAAUGAAUGUGCAAAGCUCAUCAUCCAGGCAGGCAUAAAGGAAGUUAUUUUUAUGUCUGACAAGUACCAUGACACUACAGAAAUGACAGCUGCACGACGGAUGUUUGAUUUAGCAGGUAUUACGUACAGGGAAUUCAAGCCAAAGUGUAACAAGAUCGUUAUCGACUUUGAUUCAAUUAACAGCAGACCAAGUCAAAAGCUUCUGUGAAUUAAGUCUCAUUAAGUCUCUAGAAGAGUGUGAUUAUCCUUUUCUAAAAAGCUGCUAAUGGCUUUCUUCUUAAAGUGACUUGCAACUUUUUAAUGGCUUCUGUAGGUAGACUUCUAAGAAAUCCAAGGGAUAAAAUGUCCCCCUCACUUCAUCUUGUCAUGUGGAAGCUAAAUCUACUUAAAAUUUUUAAUACCUCUAUCAAAACUUUAUGGCUUAAAAAGUCUAGAGACGUGUAGAUGAGACAAUGAAAUGUGUGUAAAGCAAACUGUUCUGAUUCUUGCUGUAUUCAUCACCACGUGCUCUGACAGGCUGUCAGCAGUGAUUUAGGCUCAGUUUAAUGGUAGUACUUACCAUAACCGAUAGUACAACGCUAAUAUAUGUUGAUCUCUGUAUUGGAUAUGUGACUCUUAAGUAGUUGAUCCUGAUAAAGGACAAAAAAAUGUUAUCUGUGCAAAUACUGAUCUUCCACACAUUAGCAUAACACUAAUAUUUCAGAAAGUUAUACAGCUGCAAGAAUGUGUGAUAUUCUCCAUGUGUUAGCAAACACAUGAAAUACUGAUUUUUAUUUUAAUUGCUAUCUAACUGUGCCAUAUGUGGGGAGAGGUGAAGAGAAGAAGUUGUGUGGGUAGUUGUGCUGGACUGAGCUUUACAGGUGAUUCCAUUCCUUAUUUUCCUCAAGACUCCAAAGCUGAAUGGAGUUGAGGGAGUAAAUAAUUUAGCUUUUUACCUCUGGGACUCUUACUUGGAGUUAUUUUUCAUGUGUAGAAGAAAAUUUUUCUAUACAACCCAAUGUAGUUCAGUCUUGUCACUGAAGGAUUUUUUUGUCCUCUGUGAGAAUCUGAAGAUAGUCAACCCAUAUCCAUAUCUGUGCCAAAAGAGGUAAUUAUGCUGUUAGCUUGUUUCCCAGUGCUGGCAUAGUACCUUCAUUUUCAUAAA